AUGGAGGCGCUAUCCCGGACGGCGGGGACGAUGUGGACGGCGACGCAGCGGCAGGCGGUUGCUAUGGGCCGUAUGGUGAAGAGGGUGGGUGUGCUGGUGAAUGACAUUAGGGAGAUGUUUGUCUUUUUGGCGACAUGCUCGAAAGAGAUGCUGGCAGAGAUUGGGCGGAAUACGCGUCUGCUGCUUCGUAUCGCCGGCCAACUGAAGCGUGUUAUACAAACCAUCGAGGCCAUGCCGCGCAACCUAGGAGUCGAUAUCAUCCGCCUAGAUGAUGCGCUCGGGGAGACGUGGGGCUUGCCCUUGCAAGCCUGCGGAAGCUGGGAGUCAUUCUGCGACCUACUUCGGCAUGUGGUGUUUGCUGGCAAACCGGGCCUGGACCAAGUCGCGAGCGGCCAGUUUGUGAUUACGUUGGCAAAGAUGCGCAACCUGACCCUCACUUCAGACAAUUGGAGCUACGUUCUGAAGAAGGAUAUGCAUAUCGAGCAAGCCAUGGUUAUCCCCCGAGCUCGCUCGAAGUCGAGAAACAGAUGUCCUUUUCUAGGGUGUGCUGGUAUUCCCAGGUCAACAUCCACUAGCGGAAAGAGAUGUUCGACAUGUGGACGCCAGGCGAGAAUAAGGAGACGAGCUCGUGGUUUUAUCAAUAUGAUACAAAGUGCUUCGGAUCGACUCCCGGAAGCACCGCCAGACAUCCUGCCAACCUCUCCCGGACCUGGUCCACUACCGAUGCAACUGGCAGACGGAGAAGAUCAGCCAUAUCGCCGCGUCCAAUUCCAGGAGGUUGCGGAGCCACUUCAAAGCCUCGACGACGCUAUUCAUAGAUUUAAAGAGGACGAAACAGACAUGAUAGCCGCUGUUUACAUCGGUGUUGAAUGUCUGCGAGCUGUAGAGGAGGGCAAGCCGCUUACCGACGAGGGGAUUGCCGCAUACCUCGAAACAGCAGAGACCUGUUUCGGGGUUGCAAUAUGCGUAGGUACGUAG